ACGUGUAGUGUUGCUAGUAGCGCAGCGCAAACGAGCCGGUUGUCAAAAUUGCGAACUGCUGCUGAAGCGUCUCGACGCGUGACGCCAAUCAAGGACGGCGCGCUGCCUGGUUGGAGGUUAUCUGCUUCUGGACAUCUUUCCUUCUCCUCACCAUCCGAACAUCGGUGCAAGAGUGUUAUUGUACAGUAG